AUGCAGUACUGCAGCCUCCGGAGAGGUACCGCUCGAGCCGGACGUACUACUGGGACUGGUGCUAGUGCUUCUUCUCCCGUUCGGGAGCUCCCCACCCGCGAGCGGAUACGUGAGUGGUACGAGCGGCGCUGCAUUCUUUGGAGUGGCGUGCCUCGUGUUACGGACCCCGCUGCUGUUGGAGCAGCUGCUGGUGCUGAGGACCCGGGCGUUGGAGCUGCUGCUGGUGCUGAGGACCCGGGCGUUGGAGCUGCCGCUGGUGCUGAGGACCCGGGCGUUGGAGCUGCUGCUGGUGCUGAGGACCCGGGCGUUGGAGCCGCUGCUGGUGCUGAGGACCCGGGCGUUGGAGCUGCUGCUGGUGUUGAGGACCCAGGCGUUGGACCCGUUGGAGCUGCUGCUGGUGCUGAGGACUCGGGCGUUGGAGCUGCUGUCGGUGAUGAGGACCCAGGCGUUGGAGCUGCCGCUGGUGCUGAGGACCCGGGCGCUGGAGCUGCUGCUGGUGCUGAGGACCCGUGCGUUGGAGCCGCUGCUGGUGCUGAGGACCCGGGCGUUGGAGCUGCUGCAGGUGUUGAGGACCCAGGCGUUGGAGCUGCCGCUGGUGCUGCGGACCCGGGCGUUGGAGCUGCUACUGGUGCUAAAGACCCGGGCGUUGGAAGUGCCGCUGGUGCUGAGGACGUGGGCGCUAGAGCUGCUGCUGGUGCUGCGGACCCUGAUGCGGGUGUCCCUGCUGGCUCUGGUAUCGCUACUCGGUCUCGGCCGUACUUUGUUCCGCUCCUUCAGCAGGUUCUUAGUCAGCUUCCUCCUCCUUUUCCUCCUCCCUCCUUAGCGUGUCCUCCGCCUGUCCAGCUGCAGUCUGCGUUACCGUUUGCCUCCUCUCUCCCUGGUCCUGCUCCUUACACUGGUCCAACUCGAGGUCUUACUGAGCGGCGUAAGCCUGCGUCUCAUCCUGCGUCGCCAAAGUCUCGUCCUGAGUCGCCUGUCCGCACUACUCUCUCUAGUAGUCGAGUCCAGCGUCAGCGUUUUCCUGCUGUCCCAGGCACUCACCGGAUGGCGCUUCGUCCGUCCACUGCUCCACAGCGUGUCCCACUGCCGUCUCCUCCUGCUUCCUCUCUUCCUGCUCUUGCUGACCCUGGGUCAGAUUCUCUUCGUGCUACCAGUCCUACUGUCACGCGUCUCCUAGCUACUAUUGUCACUGACCCUUCCUUUGAGUCUGCUGCUGCGUCUGCCUUAGUUGCUGAGCUUGUCGACUUUGGUGCUCGCUAUCGUCUAGACUACGCUGCUAGCCUAGUUGCUGAGUCUGAGUCUGUCUGUCCUCCGUGCGUCGGGGGUGAGUGUGCUCUUGGCACUGACGUCCUUGAGGACAGGCAGGAGGAGUUUGGACAUCCCGACCCUAGCUCUUACACAGAGGCGAUGGCCGGUCCCUACUCCUCUCAGUGGCAGUCAGCCAUGGACACAGAGAUGGCUUCCUGGAAGUCCACAGGCACCUACGUCGACGAGGUUCCCCCACCUGGGGCGAACAUCGUCAGUGGCAUGUGGAUUUUCAGGGUGAAGCGGCCGCCGGGCUCUCCGUCUGUCUUCAAGGCGCGUUACGUUGCACGAGGCUUCAGUCAGCGACAGGGAGUUGACUUCUUCCAGACCUUCUCCCCGACCUCGAAGAUGACCACUCUUCGGAUUCUGCUACACGUCGCCGCUCAGCAAGACUACGAGCUCCACUCGCUUGACUUCAGCACUGCUUUCCUGCAGGGCAGCCUGCACGAGGAGAUCUGGCUGCGCCGUCCACCUGGCUUCACUGGGUCGUUCCCUCCUGGUACCCAGUGGAGCCUCCGACAGCCAUUCUACGGUCUCCGCCAGGCGCCUCGUGAGUGGCACGACACACUGAGGACUACGCUUGCGGCUCUUGGGUUCGCGCCUUCUACUGCUGACCCGUCGCUGUUUCUACCCACCGACACCUCACGGCCGCCGUUCUACGUCCUUGUGUACGUCGACGACUUGGUCUUUGCUACUAAAACACUGUGGCACUCGGCCACGUGA